GGCUGAAGGCGAGGUAGAAGGAGUCAGUCGGGAGGGAGGGAGCGAGGCGGGAGGCAGCAAGGUGGCGGUAGGUCGCGGACUCGACGCCGACACACAGACACAUGCACACAUCUGCUCACGCACGUCCUCACGGCGGACACGCACACGAACGCACACGCGGCGCCUCCUUCACCGCCUCGUGUGUGUGUGUGUAUGUGUGUGGUGAUUAAUCUCAUGACUUAGAGAUUUCAAAGCCUUUUUUAGCCAGAGAUUUCGACGCAGAUAUAAAAAGUUAUCCCAGUAACUUCAACGGAGAGCUAAAGAGGAAUCCAAGAAGUUUCAACGCAGUGCUAAGAAGUAAUCCAAGAGACUUAAACGCUAAGGUAUAAAGUAAUCCAAGAAUUUUUAACGCUGUAGUAAAAAGUUAUCCAAGAGCCUUCAACGAUAAGAUAUAAAGUUAUCCAAGUGUCGAGGUUGCACUACUCAGAAAAUUAACGAAAAGACCGACAGGAAACGAGGAAAAGGACUCAAGACGCUGUGCCGUGCGUGUGUGUAUGUGUGCGUGUGUGUAUGUGUGCUUCGCUGCGUGCUGACCUCCUGGAGACGCCCGUACGAGGCGUGAAAACUAUGUGAAUCACGUGAACCAAGACUGCCGUUAAUACAGACUUGUUUCUACCUUAAUGAGACUACGCUGACCGCUCGCUCGCCAGGAGGGGAAAUUUGGACUUUUGCUGCCGGUGGGAGGAAAGGGAAGAGGAGGAGGAGGAGGGACGUGGAAGAAGAGGAAGAAGGAAUGAAAGACGUAGAUGAAGGAAGAUAAAAUAAGGAAUAAACGUCGGUAGUGGAUUUUUCAAGACGCUUUCAAUGCAGGGGCGGCGGCGGCGUUGGUGGUGGUGGUGGGGGUGGUGGGCGGUGGUGGUGGUGGUGGCGGCGGCGGCGGAGAGGGAGCACACGCAGGAGGGGGAUGAGAGGGGUCGACGAUCCCCCUCUCAACCACGCCUGCAUGACCCCUCCUCCUCCUCCUCCUCCUCUUUGUCCCCCUCGUUCUCGUUCUCUUACUGGCCCUCGAAGAUGCCUCUGGAACACGCUCGGCCUCCAGACACCAAGGACGAGAGGGAUGAGGAUGAGGGACACACCUCGCACCAACACCCUCCUCCUCCACCCACUCCUCUCAUGGAUCUCUCUUCGUUCUUGAGUACCAGCGCUUCAGGUCUUCCCGGAUUAGACAAGGACACGUUUCUGGGCUCUGAGGGAAAGGAGAAACGAAACGGACUGACUAAAGACUUGUUGAAAUUGAGUCAGGAGGAAAAGAAACCUCAUGGGCAGCUGAAGGACUCGCUGGCAUUGAGUAAGAAGACGAAGCAGAAAGAGGAAUCGGUUCGUGGACAUUCUGGAAGGAAGAGCUCUCGGGGGAAGAAUAAACAGGAAGGACUAACUCAGAAAUCACCGGCAUUGAGUCCACAGAAAGAGAAACCUCAUGUGGUGGCUAAGGACUCGCCGGUAAAGAGUACGAAGACGAAACUGAAGGAGGAGUCGGUUCGUGGACAUUCUGGAAGGAAGAGCUCUCGGGGGAAGAAUAAACAGGGAGGACUAACUCAGAAACCACCGGCAUUGAGUCCAAAGGAAAAGAAGUCUAAUGGGGUGGCUAAGAACUCGCCGGUAAAGAGUACGAAGACGAAACUGAAGGAGGAGUCGGUUCUUAGACAAUUUGAGGGGUGGAUUUCUCUGGGGAAAGGGAUAUUGAACGUACUACCGGACUCGCCGGGAUUGAAUAUGACGAAGCAAAUAAUAGAAUCAGUUCAUGGACAUUUGAGGAAGUUAAAACCUAUUGCUAAGCCGAUUUCUGAGUAUGUUACGAACUCGCUAGGAGACAAGAGGAAGCAGGAAGACAGCGAGGAGAAACUGAAGAAGAAGAACAAGAACAAGGAAGUUAGAGAGAGUAUGCAAGAGGACAGUGAGAAGCAGGACCUAAAGACAGAGAUAAGGAAGGAAUAUGAGAAGGAGAAAUUGGAUAAUGAGAACCAGGACCUAAAGACGGAGAUAAGGAAGGGAUAUGAGAAGAAGGAGAAGUUGGAUAGUGACAAGCCAUCAACCCACCCCAAGAAGGAGAGUAAAAAUUAUAAUCCUUCCGAAAUGAACGACAAGAAAACUCAACACAGCAAAGAUAAGAUGACGAAAGGAAGAAAAGGAAAAGGUGAAGGCAAGAAGCCGAAACCCAAAAGACUGAACCACGAGGAAACGGAGAAGGAGGAGAAGGAGAAAGAGGAGGAGGAAGCAACGUCUCUCCAUCCCUUCUUCAGUGCCUUCGUCAAGAGGAAAGAUGGCCUAGAGAGGAGGAGAGUCACAAGGAGAACUCGGGCCAUUGAUGCGCGCUCUUCCUCCUCCUCCUCCUUUUCCUCUUCUGCGAAUCUUCCCGUGGAGCACAGAGGAGGACCAGAGCCACUCGAUCUCUCCUCCCUUCCCGCCGAACACCGAAUCAACUCCAUACUACUAAGACAACCACCACCAUCAUCACCAUCACCACCACCAAACUCCCCAAUAGGACCUCAACCACCACCAUCAUGGCUUAUAUCAACACCACAAACAGCAACACCACCAGCGCCAGUAGGACCCCCAGCACCACCACCAAUUCGCCCGACAGGACCACCACCACUACCACCUUCACCUCCAUCACCGCCACCGCCAACACCAGCACCACCACCGGCAACUCUCCCCUACCACUAUCAACACCACGAUCAUAAGACAGGAGUCUACGUCUUCGGCUACGGGGACGGGCAGCAGUGGCGGCACGAGGAGCGGGGACCCGAGGGCGUAGUGAGGGGCGCUUACGGCUGGCGGGACGAAGACGGGAAGCAGCAUGAGACCUUCUUCGUCGCCGACUCCUCCGGGUACAAACUGGUGCCGAAGGAGAAGCAGGUUUGGUUGUACGGUCCACCAGACAACAUCCCUUUUUACUCUUCUCCCUCCUCCUCCUCCUCUUCCUCUUCCUCUUCCUCCUCCUCCUCCUCCUCUCCCUCUUCCUCUUCCUUACGACGUGCUGACCUUCCUUCCGCCAACCAGUUAAUCAAAUUUCCUUCUUCAUCUGCUGUAUUUUCCUCCACUUCAUUCACUCCACUUAUCUCUCUUCCCUCCUCCUCCACCUCCCCCACCUCCUCCUCCUCAUCAUCAUCCACCUCCUCCUCCUCCUCCUCAACCUCCUCCUUCUCCUCCUCUUCCACCGCAUCCUCCACUCCUACCUCCUUCACCACCACCUCAAGAAAACCAAGUACCACCACCUCCACUACCACCACCACUACCACGAAGCCCCCUACCACUACCACCACCACUACCACGAAGCCCCCUACCACUACCACCACCACUACCACGAAGCCCCCUACCACCACCACCACUACUACCACGAAGCCCCCUACCACCACCACCACCACUACCACGAACCCCCCUACCAUCACCACUACGACUCCUACUACUACUACCACUACUUCUACCACCACCAAACCACCACCAACCACUACCACCACCACUACCCCACCACCCCCACCAGCUACCACUACCACUACAACAAGGAGACCCCCCACCACUACCACUAGUACCACUACUCCACCGCCCCCACCACCAACCACUACUACUACCACUACUCCGUCUCCACCACCUACCACUACUACUGCUAUUACUACUACUACCACAACAAGGAGACCCCCCACGACCACUACUACUACUACCACCACCACGCCAAGAACAACCCCAUUCACUACAUCCCCUACGACACCACCUACUACUACUACUACUACUACUACUACUACUACUGCUACCACCACUACCACUACACCACCCACUCCUAUCACACCUAUAAUCCUUCCUAUCGUCUUCCCCACCUUCCCCGCCCCGCCUCUUGUUGCCGCUAACCUCAUCACCACCACCACCGCCGCCACUAAAACCACCAAACCCACCACUGCUACAUCCACCACCUCCACCACCACUGCCCCCACAACCACCACCACCACUACAAGCCCCACUUCAUCUCCCACUUAUCCUGCCAGUGACACCAUAUCCACCAACAACAACACCUCCACCAACACCAACACCAACACCAACACCUCCACCCCAGCACCAAGUGGAGAGGAGGAGGAGUCCUCUGUCGCCACGGGCCGCCCCCCCAUCGCCUACCCCCUGCCCCCUCGACCCAACCCGUGGCUCAGACCCCCAGACAGGCCCACCAAGCCCCUCCCCAGCCCCUUCCGCCCCGUCAAUCAGCCCCGCCCCACGCGCUACCGCCCGCCGCGCCCUCUCAGGCCCUUGCUGGACCUCCUGGGGCUGCCCCGACGCCGCUACAGACCCCGCCCCAGGCCGCCCUACCCCGAGACGCUGGAGGUGCCCCGGGGUGACGAGGAGGAGGAGAAAGAGGAAGAAGAGACAGAGGAGGAUGAAGAGAUGGAGGAGGAUAAUUUAAUUGAUCACUCCAAGGUCACGUCGCAGCGCCGCCCCGCCCCGCGGCCGCGGCCUGGCAGCGCUGAGGCCCCAGCGACGCCCCUCGACAGUCAGCCGUCAGAGUCGAGUCCUGAAAGACUCAUGGACAACUUGUUGUCGCUGCUGCAGGGCGCUAACGACUACGACAGCUACGCCGCCGGGUCUCAGCCCGACGCCCCUGCCUGGAGCGCCUUCUACCCUUACCGAUACCCGGACCGCCGACAGCCGCUCCCCGACAACCCUUACCUCUCUGCUUAUUCCAUCCCACGACCCGGCGGUUCUUUUGUGUGGGGCGACGCGCCACCGCCGCCGGGGCCACAGCCCAGCCAAUUUCCUAUGGACUACGCCUUCCUGGACGACUACUCGCCCCUCGGGGCCGAGUCUGACUAUUUACUCUUCCCUCAAGACGAAGACGACAACUAUCCGCCCAUCGGCAGCAACCUGGUGGCUUCACCCGGCCGCCCUAGACCCCCCGGCAGCGCCACGCCCACAAGUCAGCCCGUCAGCUUGAGACGGCCGCCGGGUGAGGCUGUGGAGAACGCCGUGAUGACUCCCGAAGGCUCGCCUUUCAACGCCGCUGUAAACUCUCAAGCUCUCUCUGCAAACUCAGGCCUGAACAAUGAAUUGGCUCAGGAGGGCCCAGGAACCCCCAGCCUGACCACGACCACUGAAGAGGACGAGGCCAUGCUGGCCACGACCUUGGGCGCCGCCCCAACUAAUGAACAGACGGACGCCCAACACACCUCGCCUUCACCAGCACCGCAGGCAGUUCCGCAACCCCCCGCCACUACUACCAAAACCGCUGUCGCCACCACCCUCGCCCCCGCCGCUCCUAACACCACCACCCCCACCGCGCCUGCUUCCGCCCCCACCCUGCCGCCUUCACAAAGCAGCUUCUGGACGGACAUCCUACGCCGCAUCUACAACCUGCCGGGCCUCGUGCCUCACUCACGCCCGCUGCGGCCCGUCUUACAGUGAGGCGCCGCAGCCCAAUCCGCAGCCCAGCCGCCGCGCCGUCCUCAUGUGGUGCGGCCGCGUCUGUCCUGCACCGCCGCCACGCCCCGGGCAUUACCUAGGCUAAGAGCGAGGCGCCGCAAGCGUCUCGAGCACCGCGUAGUGGAUGACAAAUAAAUGCAAAGCUUUCUGGAA